AUGCCAUCAUAUGCAAAAUUUUUUAAGGAACUCCUUACGAAGAAAAGGAAAUACAUUGAGAAGGAGACCAUUGAAGUACAAGGGAACUACAGUGCAAUCAUACAGAGAUUACCUCCUAAGUUUAUAAAUCCAGGGAGCUUCACUAUUCCAUGCACUAUAGGAGAGUUGGAAGUUCGAAGGGCGUUGAUUGACUUGGGAGGUAGCAUUAACUUAAUUUCGCUUUCCAUGUUCAAAAGAAUUGAGGGUUUGGAACUCAAACCUACUAGAAUGGCGCUUCAACUAGCGGACAGGUCUCUUAAAUAUCCGUAUGGGGUAGUUGAAGAUGUGCUGGUAAAGGUUGAUGAUAACAGUUGA